CGGCGUGUGUUGUGUCUGGUUAGUUAACGUCGUUAGUUUUAAUAGGUAAAUCAAAUCUUGUCAACUAAUUCCAAGAGCUACCACUUUUACUCCUUCUUCUUAUUAAAAGAGGUUUAGCUUAGUAUACAGUAAAAAAAAUGGCUGCCAUUACAGAUUUGGAUGAUUUACUGCAAAAUUAUUUUUUCCUUGAAAAGCUAAUAAAAGAAUUGAGCACUGCGAAUAAAGAACUGAAAGACGAGUUAACUGUUUCUGACAAGAGGUUAUACUUUUAUGCAUCCAACGAGAAAACUACUAACGCAGACAUGAAAAAGUUGAUGGAAACCGUCCAAGACUAUCAAAACAUGCUGAGUGAUUAUGACAAAGCAAAAGAAGAAAACAGACAGUUAACAAGUAACUUGGAAGAGUGCAAAUGCCAGAUUAAAAAAAUUGAACAGGAACACGAAGUAAACAGAAAGAAGUCAUUGCAGCAUAUUCAUGAACUUCAAGAGGAACAAAAGAAUGAAAUAAUAAGGAUACAAAAUCAGGCUAAUGAAUUCGUUUGCAAUGAAAUAUCGAUUUACGAGACGAAAUUGAAAAGUUUAGCUAAAGAGAUUGAAGUUCUUAAAAGCAGUUUGACACAGAAAGAAAGAGAUUAUCAAUUUCAGCUAGAUAAAACUAAAUUAGAGUGUGAUUCUAAACUUCAAUACAUGCAGCAGAAACAAAUCUCGCAAGCCAAAAACUCAAGCGUAACAGCAAGAAACGAUAUUUUGAGAAAGAAAUUGCAACAUCAGCAAGUCGAGUUAGAGAACGAGUUGAAAGCAUUGAGAGCACAGUGUACAAAUCAAGUACAACAAAUCACAGAUCUACAACAUCAGUUGAAAUUGCAGAACAAAAAAUACCAAGAGCAAAGUAAACAACAUCAAGAUCUACUGAAACGACAGGAACGAGCCAUACGUCAAAGUCAAGCCGAAAGCCGACAGAGUCAAGUUGAAGUUCGCCGUUUACAAAGCCAGUUGAAGCAAGCGCACGAGAGUGUGACCACGCUACAAAGAAACGUAGACGAAUACAAAGAACGGAAGGUUGAACAGGCUGUUGCUCCAAGACGUAAAAAAAGUAUGUUUAAUCCGAAUAAUAACAGACUAGGAGGACCUUUAACAUGAAUGAUCAAUUUAAUUUAACCCUGCAUUAAUCAUGUGCUUGUUUUUGUUUUUAAAAAAUAUUUUGAAGUUCACUGAUUAAAUAUUGACGGACGACAAUUUGAAUAUCGACGCCGCAAUAUCAUGCACUAAACUCUUGAGAUAGCUCGUCUUUAAUGUUAAAAGCAAUAUUUACAGAAUGGCCAUAAUAGCUGCUUUGUCUCGGUCAAAAGCUGUUCGUAGACUAAGCUAGCAUCUGUCUAGCAAGACUGCAACAGAGGUGGAGUGCGCACUCCAUCUUUCGGACCACUUUUUCAUAUCGUAAAAUGUGAAUUUUGUCGAAUUUUGUUAAAGAUAGAAAUUUGCGCCACGUUUUAUAUUUAUAACCCAGGUUUGUGUUUUUAUUAAAGCAAUAUUGUACAUAUGAUGUUGAACGAACUUUCAAAUAUAUACAGAUAUGCAUAGUGGAUACAACUGUAGUCUCAAACAUCCCAGUUUGUUUGUUUGGAGUAUAUUCGCCGUGUUAAGAGUUCUAUUCUUUAUUUUUUUGGUUGUCUCUACUGUCUUGUCUUUGUAUCAUUUCGUUUGAAAUGAGGACAUCCAUGACGAAAACGGGGUGUGGUCGUUACGAAUAUAUUAACAGUAUGUUUCGGUAAUUCAUGCUGGACACUGUUUAACCACCUACUUUCACUUUAGUAAUUUGUUAUCUCCCC